CUGACACCGUCUCAGUCUGAUGCGCAUGCGCAGAAAACUAGUGAGUGGCACGCGCGUGGAGGAAGUACAUUGACAGAUCUUAGGCCGACUCCCCGGAUUUCUCUGCACAAAACUGGCCCAAGCUGAUUUUAUUCUCUCCCUAAAAUGUCGUGGCUGUUCGGCCUGAACAAGGGGCAACCGGAGCCUCCUCCCGGUCUGCCGGUUCCGCCUCCUCCGCCGCCGCCGGCUGGAGGUUCCAGCGGCGGCGGAGAUAAACCCAAGGACAAAUGGAGUAACUUCGAUCCCACCGGCCUGGAGCGGGCUGCACAGGCGGCCAAAGAGCUCGACAAGUCCAGAAAUGCCAAAGAAGCUUUGGAAUUGGCUCGCAUGCAGGAGCAGAGCACUCAGAUGGAGCACCAAAGCAAAAUUAAGGAGUAUGAAGCAGCUGUGGAGCAGCUGAAAGGCGAGCAGAUCCGAAUUCAGGGUGAGGAAAGGAGGAAAACCAUCAAUGAGGAGUCCAAGCAGCAUCAAGCGAGGGCUCAAUACCAGGACAAGCUCGCCCGUCAGCGCUAUGAGGACCAACUAAGACAACAGCAAAUGCUGAAUGAGGACAACCUUCGCAAGCAGGAAGAAUCGGUUCAGAAACAGGAAGCCAUGAGGAAGGCGACCAUCGAGCAUGAGAUGGAGCUGAGGCACAAAAACGAAAUGCUGCGCAUCGAGGCGGAGUCCAAAGCACGAGCUCGUGUGGAGCGAGAAAACGCCGACAUCAUACGUGAGCAAAUCCGCCUGAAGGCAGCAGAGCACAGACAGACAGUCCUGGAGUCCAUAAAGACAGCGGGUGCAGUAUUUGGAGAAGGAUUUAGAGCCUUUGUGUCAGACUGGGACAAAGUCACAGCCACGGUGGCUGGAUUGACACUGUUAGCUGUUGGUGUGUAUUCAGCCCGCAACGCCACAGGAGUGGCAGGUCGUUAUAUUGAGGCGAGGCUGGGGAAGCCAUCCUUAGUGCGAGAAACAUCCCGCUUCACUGUUGGGGAAGCCAUCAAGCAUCCAGUCAAGACAGUCAAAAGGCUGAAGAGCAAACCUCAGGAUGCCCUUGAAGGAGUUGUGCUCAACCCUACACUAGAAGAGCGUGUGCGUGAUAUUGCCAUAGCAACAAGAAACACAAGGCAGAACAAUGGUCUCUACAGGAAUAUCCUUAUGUAUGGACCUCCGGGCACGGGCAAAACGUUGUUUGCUAAGAAACUGGCCGUGCAUUCUGGGAUGGACUACGCAAUCAUGACCGGCGGUGACGUCGCGCCCAUGGGCCGUGACGGUGUGACCGCCAUGCAUAAAGUCUUUGACUGGGCAAACACGAGUAGACGAGGUCUGCUGUUGUUUGUCGAUGAAGCCGACGCAUUCCUACGAAAGAGAUCCACUGAGAAAAUCAGCGAAGACCUCCGAGCCACUUUGAAUGCAUUCUUGUAUCGUACUGGAGAGCAGAGCAACAGGUUCAUGUUGGUGUUGGCCAGUAACCAACCAGAGCAAUUUGAUUGGGCCAUUAAUGAUCGUAUAGAUGAAAUAGUCAAUUUCGCUCUUCCGGGACUAGAGGAGAGAGAGAGGCUGGUGCGCUUGUACUUUGACAGAUAUGUGCUGGAACCGGCCACCGGAGGGAGGCAGAGGAUGAAACUGGCGCAGUUUGAUUAUGGUAAAAAAUGCUCCGAGAUAGCCAAGCGGGCAGAAGGCAUGUCCGGUCGAGAGAUCUCCAAAUUAGGAGUGGCUUGGCAGGCGGCAGCGUAUUCCUCCGAGGACGGCAUUCUGACAGAGGCUAUGAUAGAUGCCCGCGUGGACGACGCCGUCAAGCAGCACCAGCAGAAGAUGGACUGGUUGCGGAGCGAAGAGGAGGCUCAGACCAAGACCCUAAUGCCUCCUCCAGUAGGGGGCAGCGUUAAUAGCGCCGUAGGUAAAAUGGGCUUCAAUUUGCCAAUUGGCGAGACACCUCAGGCUCAGGAUACGAUCGCACCACUCCUCAUCCAAGAGAUGAAGCAACAAGGGGACAAUCUCCCUAAAGAAAGGACUGCAAAGUCUCAAAGUUCAGCCGUAGCUGGACCUGACCGUGAAGAAACUGUCAAAGCAAGUUUAGAACAGCCCAUUGAAAAAGUGGACAAGACUGGCACUCCUCCGAAAGAUGGAACUCCAGUUUGAGUCAUAAAUAAUUUCAAUCAUGAAUUAGAAAGACUUAAAAUCAUGUUGCUCGAAUGAACAGGUCUCAAUGUGUCUUCGCAUGUUUGACUAUCGGGGACAGUUUCAUUGGCUGUGUUGUAGAAGGGAACUAAUCUUUACUUGUCUGUGAGUAACAACGUAAUCCAAAUAUGCACACAAUGCAGUCAAGUUAUAAUGAUUAAAGUUAUCUGUUUUUAUAAGCAGUAACCAUUUAUGUGCUUUUUAUGUGCCUCUGCUGACAUAAUUGUCCUUCAUUUAGGGUGAAAAACUAAGCAAUCAAAAUUCCAACAAUGUGAUAACACUGUCAGCCUAAAGUACUGUACAUCAUGUGCUAUAAAUAACGAUCUAGCAUAUGUUAACUCAAUAGCAUAAUUUCCUUACUCAUAUUGUAACAUUUUCGGAAAAAUAGCGGGGUGGGAUUGUGCAAUCACAUUGAUAUUUUUAUGGCUAAGGAGAAAAGUAGUAAGGCAGGAUGAUGCAAAAGUAGGAGAGUAAUGUGCAUAUAUUACAAUUUGGCAAAUAUAUGACUUAGGCAAUUAUGCUGUUAGGCUAACAAAAUGUGCUUCAAGUAAUGAUGUAAUAAAGAUUAAAAUUCUGCUGAAAUGAUUUC